AUGCCAACUUCAAAUCCCCGAAAGCGACCAGCUCCUGGCACCGUGCCUAUACCACAACCGCAACCGAUGGCCCAGACAUACAACACACCCGACCCGCUGUUGAGGUGGAAUGGAAACAAUGCGGGCAACUUUGUUGGCAAUACCUCGAAUAACGUGAAUCCCUAUGGUAUGAUGUCGUCUCCAACGCAGGCUCAGUUCCCACAAGGAGCUCCCACGCCCUCCAAUGCCCUGGCAAGGAGAGGAAUGAAUAGUGCCCUUGUCACGGCAAAUCGCCAAUAUUCCCCCCAGCCAAAUGACUCCUGGGCCAAUUUUGCGGAAGAAGCUCUCACGCCGACUGAGCCAAACGGCGGUGUAGACGAACAUGAUAAUAUAGAAGUGCUCGAGGAGAAAGCGCAGAGAGCCAGAAGGGACGCUCAGGCAAAGCGGAAGCAAAUACCGCCCUUUGUGCAGAAGCUGAACAGCUUCCUGGAACAGUCGAGAAACACGGAUUUGAUCAGAUGGUCUGAGAGGGGUGACUCCUUCAUUGUUCUCGACGAAGAUGAGUUUGCCAAGACCCUCAUUCCCGAGCUCUUCAAGCACAACAACUACGCGUCCUUUGUUCGGCAGCUCAACAUGUACGGCUUCCACAAGAAGGUCGGCCUUUCGGAUAAUUCCAUGAAAGCUAGCGAGCGCAAAAACAAGAGCCCGAGCGAAUACUACAACCCCUACUUCAAGCGUGGUCAUCCUAACCUCCUAUGGCUGAUCAACAAGCCCAAGAGUGGCACCGCUAAGAAGGGAGUCAAGAAGCGGGGCGACGAGGUCGAGGUCGAGAGUGAUGACGAGAUUCUGCGGGUGGAUGAUCCCAUCAGUAACUCCUCCAGCUUCAAUCGCCAGAAUGUGCCAAAUCUAGCAUUGCCGGCGCCCGAGCCGCGACCGCUACAGAACAAGGAAUUGGCUGUCGUCCGGGACCAGAUGUCAGCACUACAACAACGGCAGAAGCAGAUUAGUGACGCCAUCAGUCGACUUCGGCAGGACCAUAAUCAGCUAUACAAUCAAGCCAUCGCGUUUCAGGAGAUGCACAGUCGUCAUGAAAACUCCAUCACUGCCAUUUUGAACUUUCUGGCCAAUGUAUUUAGGAAGUCGUUGGAGGAGCAAGGCGGAACACAGAACGUGAACGACCUUCUGGCCAGCAUCAUUCCCAACGUACCGUUACCAACGCAAGGCCAAGGCAGCGUUGUCGACCUUGGAGAUGAAUGGGUGCAGCAGCAGAUGCCAGCAAAUCCCACUCAGCUCGGCACGCCGAAGAGAACCCAACGCCUUUUGCCCCCUAUACCGGAGAAGCAGGCUGGUCGGCCCUCGUCCGCUUCAAGUCCAUCAGCUGCGUUCCCAAACUAUGCCAGUCACCAACAACCACAAGCUGGGCAGGUCACUGAACUGUACGACACUCCGCCCGAUUCAGCCCCCACACCAGCGUACCUCAAACAGGAGCUCGACACCAACCCACAUGAGGGCAUGCUGAAGAUCAUCCAAGAUGCCAACACGCAUGCUGGAAAAACUGGCAACACGCCUAUUGAUCUCUCCAACGUAGCUGCCAAUACCUCAAUGAAUAUGACGAACGAUCAGCGGAACCGCAUGUUGAGCAUCAUGUCCGGCGGGCGCACCAGCGCAUUUCAAACACCAACACCAUCGGCUGCCUCUCCAGCUGCUCCUACACCUACAGGCACAGCUGCAAACAAUCCCGGUGUCCCACUAGGUGGCGAUCUACCGGAUGCGAACAAAUCAAGCUCUUUAUCUCCCAUCAUGCCUUCAGCUCAGCCUCCUUCCAUUCAGCGGAUAGCCCAAAACGCCGAGGAGCUUGAGCGACUUCAGCGUUUACAGCAUGAGCAGUCGCAGAACUUGGAUGAUCUCAGCCAGAUGCUUGGCCCCUUGAGCCCUUCGGGUCGAAUACCAGGCCUGGAUGAGUCGAAUGCCUAUUUUGGAGAUGAUAUAGACCUCAGUCAAUAUCUUGACCCGAACGCAUACACGGCUGAUGGCACCGGAAACGAUUUCAACUUUGACACCCCUGCGUUUGACGACAGCGCCAACUUAGACUGGAAUCCAGACAUGACCCACUUUGGAGGUGGGCUCGGCGAUAGCCCGAACGCUGGUCGAGUUGUCGAGACGAACACGCCGAGUCCAAGUGGUACCGAAGAGAUACCACGGGACGACCUAGCAGAAAGUCCAGAUCGACCUGCGAAGAGACAGAGGCAGUCUUGA